AUGUUAGAUAUCUUACAAUUUAUUGACGAGAAGGGUGGGGAUGCAAAGGCUAUUCGUGAGUCUCAAAAAAAGAGAGGUGGUUCGGUUGAGAUCGUGGAUGAGAUUAUUGCUGAGUACAAAAAAUGGACUCAUGUUAGAUUUGAGCUUGAUGAGUUGAACAAGAAGCAGAACAAACUUCAGAAGGACAUUGGUAAGAAGUUCAAGGCAAAAGAGGAUGCCAGUGAACUAUUGAAGCAAAAGGACGAAAUAGUUGCUCAAAAAUUGGAGUUGGCCAAUAAGGAGGAUGAAGCCGACAAGGCACUUCGAUACAAGGUUAACCAGGUUGGCAACAUUGUUCAUUCCUCUGUGGUUGUUUCUUUGGAUGAGGCUAACAAUAGCUUGGAAAAAACCUGGACCCCUGAAGGAUUAGAGUUUGAGAAGUUGACUAAAACAGCUACUGGUACCCAGAAGCCAGCCAAGUUGUCACACCACGAGAUCUUACUUAGACUUGAUGGUUACGAUCCAGAAAGAGGAGUGAAAAUUUGUGGACACAGAGGCUUUUUCUUGAGAAACUACGGGGUUUUCUUGAACCAGGCAUUGAUCAACUACGGUCUUAGCUUUUUGCUUGAAAAGGGCUACACCCCAAUGCAAGCUCCGGUGAUGAUGAACAAAGAUGUGAUGGCUAAAACUGCGCAGUUGUCUGAAUUCGAUGAGGAAUUGUAUAAGGUCAUCGAUGGCGAUGAUGAGAAGUAUUUAAUCGCUACUUCUGAGCAGCCUAUCUCUGCCUUCCACUCUGGUGAAUGGUUUGAAAAGCCUGCUGAACAGUUACCUGUCAGAUACGCUGGUUACUCUCAAUGCUUCAGAAGAGAAGCUGGUGCUCAUGGUAAAGAUGCCUGGGGUAUUUUCAGGGUGCAUACGUUUGAGAAGAUUGAACAGUUUGUUCUUUCUGAGCCUGACAAGUCUUGGAACGAGUUUAACAGAAUGAUUGGCGUUUCCGAAAAGUUCUACCAAUCUUUGGGAAUUCCUUAUAGAGUUGUUGGAAUUGUCUCUGGUGAAUUGAACAACGCUGCUGCUAAGAAGUAUGAUCUCGAAGCCUGGUUCCCAUACCAGCAAGAGUUCAAGGAGUUAGUCUCUUGCUCUAACUGUACCGACUACCAAUCAAGAAACUUGGAGAUCAGAUGUGGUAUUAAAGCCCUCAACCAGAAGGAGAAGAAAUACGUUCAUUGUUUGAACUCUACUUUGUGCGCUACUGAGAGAGCUUUGUGCUGUAUCCUUGAGAACUAUCAGACCGAGGAUGGCUUGGUCAUUCCAGAGGUGCUAAGAAAGUACAUCCCUGGCGAACCUGACUUCAUCCCAUUUGUCAAGGAGUUGCCUAAGAACUCCACCUCCAACAAGAAGAAAUGA